AUGGCAAAUAUUCUAGUUUUCUCUCUAGAUAAACGUUUAAAACUGUUUGUGACUUCCUUCAAUCCAUUCAAGAAGCAAGGAAAUAAUUAUGGAACAUUUUGGUCUAUGCAAAUCAACAAAGAAAAGUUUUCGACGAUCUUAAAAGCAGUGGAAAAUAUUUUUGAAAAUAAAAUUUCUAAUCUUCAAGAAUAUCCAUUGAAAGGUAUUUUUUUUCGAAAGGAAGAUUAUCUUGACGAAAUAAUGGUAGACAUUUUUCAAAAGGCGUUUAAUGUGAAGUAUGAAAUUGUUUUACCUCGACAUGGAAAUUUUAUUGGGACUCGUUUGGCUAAUGGAUCGUUCAAUGGUUUGCUCGAAGACAUAGAAGAUGGAGUUGCUGAUAUUGGAUUAAAUAACAGACUUUUGGUACCAAUGAACUCUACGAAUUGCGCAUUUCUUAACCCUGUGGUAGUGACUGAGAUGAAGUACAUAACAUCAAAGAAAUUUCCACCACCCACUCAAAUUUUUCAUUUCGUAUUGCAAGCAUAUGACAUAGAAACCCGUUGGAUUUAUUUUUGUUGUACUAUUCUCACUUUACUCUCUUGGUAUUUCUUGGAUUUUAUUCACCAUCAAUUGAAAGCUGUUGAAAAGAGAGAAGAAAUUGGGAAACUGCUUCUAAUCAUAACAGCUAUUCAAGUAUCAUCAACAGCAUACAUCAGAGACAACAUCCCAUCAUAUCAAAGGAUACUCGUUGGGUCUCUUCUCAUUGUUUCAUUGAUAAUGUGUAAUGCUUUUCAAGGUGAAAUUCUUCGUAAUUUGAGAAGUCCACAAAAAUCACCAGACAUAAACUCACUUGAAGAUUUGUUGCAAAGUGAUUAUGAACUUACAGCCAUAAUCGCAGUGCCUGAUCUAUUUCAACCUGAUGAAAAUGAUUCCAAUGUCAACCAUAUUCAAAAGAGAUUGUAUUACCGACAAACUGUUUCUACGAAUUUUUCUACACCAGUUCCCAAAACUAUUGCGGAGAAUCCCAAACAAGCAUUUUUAAUGCGAGGAGAGUUCGUAAAGAAAUUUUUAAAGAUUGAAAUUAACAAUGCAACUGGAGAAGAUUUCUGUCAUAUUGUGAAAGAGUCGCCAAUUUCAUUCUUCUUAACUUAUAUCGUUCCAAAGACGUCCCUUUUCAUCCGAAGACUAAAUCGAGCGAUUGCAGAAGCGAAGGAGUUUGGAUUCAUCGAGAAAGCUAAGAAUAAAGCCGACGCAAUUCUGAAACAAAGACAAGCCAAACGAUUGAAUAUUUUAUUAAAAGCUGUUCAAAAUCAUCCACCAAUUUCAAUUGAAAAUUUGAAAAAUGUUUUAAUUUUUUACGGGAGUUUUAUUGUCAUAUCCUGUGGCAUUUUGUUUAUGGAGAUAUUUUUAAAUUGUUUCAAAAACAGGGCUGCUAUGAAAAAUAAGAAGAAGCGAAUUCGCAGACGCGUCAAACUCAAAUAUUAA